CACAGUCCGGGCUGACGUCACAGAGACGCGCCUUAAAACCUAAGAGCGCAUCACAGGGAGAUACAUGGUUUGAUCACACACACUUACACACUCGCUUUGGACUGUAUCAGAGCAGGGACAUUGCCAAGGCUGCGCUGAGCAAGUUCACUGAGGAGAAAUUUCCCGAUUCCAGGAAGUUUUAGAAAAACUCAACAACGUGGCGCGUAAAAUGAAAUUGGUGCGUAACCGUGUGCGUGCCGCCAGUGGAAGAAAUUAGUGAAUGAAAUUUAAGUUGAACGAAACUGGUGGACUUGGAAGAAAACUCAGCCUGCAUUAGUGUGAGGGGUAAACAUCUCAGUUUCUCCCGGAUGCUGGUGGAAGUCGCAGCGGGUCUUGCGCUCCUGCUUCUGCCUCAGAUCUCAUUGAACCAUGGCUUAUUCUCAGCUGGGAUACUCCUACUCCACAGCCCCGCAGUUCCUGAUGACCUCCAGCCCUCUGGCCGGUUCUCUGGAGCCGGGAACGCCUCCGUCCCACCCAGUGCUGCGCUCCCCGGGCCAACAGCUCACCCCUGGCACGGGCAUCGGCGUCUAUAGCGGCCCUUACACAAAGAGCCAAGGAUAUUAUAACAGCUGCUCCAGUGAUGCCGCUGCCCUUUACUCCAGAGGUCCACUGGAACCCAAAGAUGGGGCUGCAUCAGUGCAUGUGGGAACAUCUCAGACUCCUGCUUAUUAUCCUUAUGAGUACACAUUUGGACAGUAUCCUUAUGACAGAUAUGGCUAUUCCUGCUCUGAUGGUGCUUCACGUCGUAAAAAUGCCACCCGAGAGACCACCAGCACCCUGAAGGCCUGGUUACAAGAGCACCAGAAGAACCCCUACCCCACCAAAGGAGAGAAGAUAAUGCUGGCGAUUAUCACGAGGAUGACCCUAACACAGGUGUCUACAUGGUUUGCCAAUGCACGUAGGAGGCUGAAAAAGGAGAACAAGGUGACGUGGUCACCUCGGGCUUGUAAAAGCUCUGACGAACGUGGUUGUGAUGAUACCGGUGAUGAGGCAGAGAAGCCACUUAAAAGUGAUAAAGAUCUACCUGAUCAACAGUGUGCAGACCUGCAGAGUGAUCUUGAGGACUUUGACUUGCUCGAGUCUGAUGCUUCAGACUCUGAACCGAAGCCACAGUUUCUUGCUGAGGACAGUGAUGCCACCCCAAACACAGACCUGCCACGGAGACACCUCCCACACAACAACCUAGAUCCAUUACAAGCAGAUGAAAGACUGUCUCCAGACUGCUCCAAACUCACAGCAAUCCAGCACCAAAACACCUUCUACCCAAGUCCAGACCUCCGAAGUACAGACGGCAAGCCCAAAAUAUGGUCCAUCGCUCAAACUGCUGUGUCUUUAGGAGCCAACUUGCAGCCUGAGUACCCUCCCUGUAUGCUUUCAUCGAGCGGAUCGUCCUCGCCUCCUGGGUAUCCGUCAAACAUGGCUGUAAGCAAGUCGGACAGGCAACAGGAAUCACCGGUGGCUUCCCUCAGAGAAUGGGUGGAUGGAGUUUUCCAUGGCCCACCUUUCCAACAACAGCCCAAACCUGCCGGACUGUGGAAAGACUUGAAUGAACCCAUGAUAGACAGAACACCAGGGCAGCCCUUCGAACUUGUUAGGUCUGCAUCGUCUUUGUAGUCAACACAACAGCAUCAGCGGCAUUUGUUAAAAGCUGCUGGACUCGGGACGAAAUCCAUAUCCUGCUGUUGUGACUUGAGCAGUAAACUAUGUAUGAUGGUAUUUUGGCAUUUUUGGGUCUGGACUUUUACAGGUCAAAUGUCUCAUCACCUCACACCCACAGCGAGGUUCACAUACAAGAAAAAUAUACAAUAUUGUACACUUGCACUAUAGCCUGCACAUGCACUGAGUCACAAAAAUAAAAGGUGUAUUCUGUAGCAUGGCAAACUUUUUUGAGUGUACCCUUAUGUUAGUGACCACUCAUGGCUGCCACGAGUCCUUUAGAUGAUCCGGUGCAGGAGUUGUGGAAUAUACCUCUGCAGUUUUGAUGCGUGUGUGUGUCAGUGUUUGUGUGCAUGUGUGUGCAUUUUGAGGCAGCGAAAAAGGGGGAAGUGGGUGGUAUUCAGCCGUGACUAAUGGAAACACACAGAGGAGGGUGCUGCUAAAUUGUUAAAUCGAUGCCACUUCCACAUCGGCUCCAGAUAUAGCUGCAAUCAGCGAUGCGUCCCUUUUCAUUAGGCGGCUUUUGACUUUGUCAACCUGGGACUGUGAGAAGAUCCGCCGCGCACAAAAUGCUUCAUAUAACCUCUUAAGUAAUUUUAAGUGAGUGUCAUUCUCUGCUCACAGCCAAAUCUUUAUCCACUUCAGUGAGUUUUUCACAAGUAGCAAUAAACAGAAAGAAGCGUCUGCCAUGAUUAGACCCUAAAUGUUUUUAUUAAAAAAACAUUUCCAUCAGCUUCAAUUAUUUAAAAGAACUUCACAAAUUUAAGACUUGAAACGCUUAAACUAACACUUUCUAAAACAAAGCACAACAAGAAACAGUUAUUUUUUUUCCUUCAGCCCUGUCUUUCUGCUCCUGUUUUCGAUUUAGGAACAGUGAUAAAGUAUUUAUCAGAACAGAGGAGGGAUCUGCCUGGGCUUUGUAUGGAAUUAACCAUUUCAGAUUAAAUAAUUCAGGAUGAAUUCAACCGAGAAUUUCAUUCUGUUUCUGCCUCAUAAAUAAGUGAGUUUUAAGAUGAUAAAUAAUGACAUCUGUAAAGUUUUCUUUCUCCCACCCACUGUGGGACAAGAUCUUAUUGUGGUACACUGCAAAUAUAGUUUUUUUGUUUUUUAUUUUUAUCUUUUUGCUCAGAAAAGUUUCUUUUUUGUAUUUAAAUAAGGUGUAAUAGCAAUGAUACAAAUGUGUUUACUUAUGUAAAAAAGUAACUUGCCUUCAAACCAAGAGAGGAGCGUCAUGAAGGAAAGAAUGGUGGUCAGAUAAGAGGUCGGCUCAGUGUUGAGUGGGUUAAGAGAUAUAGGAUUAUACUUGUCCUUACCCUCAUCUGUUUGAAACGAGACCUGUCUCACUACGUGGAUAUACUGAAAUUAAGUAUAUAUUAGAGCUUUUCUCAUUUUUCCUUGUGUCAUCUAUGUCAAAUAAUGAUACUAAAGAAUAAGUUUCAUGCUCUCUAUCACAGUAUUGACACUUGUUUUAUGAAUACCUCUGAGACUAGUGACAGUAUAAUUUAUUUAAAUGAGUGGCAGGUCUAAUUUCUUCAUUAUGAAACAAACAUUAACAUUAAAAUUAGCUUCUUGUAGUCAGAAAUGUUAAAGUAAAGAUGAUA